UCAGUCGUGCAUUCUCUACGUGGUUAUCGUAGCGAAUAUGACAUUUAUAAUAUUGUGCGUGAUUUUGUCUGUUCUCCUUCGAUAAUAAUAACUAUAUAGAAAUAUUGGGAAUAAGUGAUCUUCGCGCAUAUUUCGCGCUUCUAAUGCACAUAUUAACUUUUAAGACUAAACGAUUUAUAAUAAAUUCAUAACACCGUGUCCGUAGCUCGAAAGAUGACUUAAUUUAAUGUGAAAAUGAGUUCUCAAGAUACAACUGACAAUGUACGAGAAAUUAAUUCACCUAGCAUAUCUUCAAGAACAAAAAAUUGGGUCCAAUUUGAAGAUGAGACGUCCAUUAAAGAUAAUGGUAACAUGGAAGAGAAAACUAAGACAAAUGCACCGGCUGUAAUAAAACCAGAGUCAGUUACAGUAAAUGUAGAAAAGAUUGGAAAAACUGUUGACAAAUUAGAUACUCAACAAAUAAAAAACAAUGAAUAUAAAGGUGCUGUGAUAUCAACUGAAUCCGUCCAGAUUAAUUUAGAUAGGUCAGGUUUAAAUCGUUCUAUGGCGUCUGAAAGUCCAGAUUUUAAUUUGCCGUCCGAAGUAAGAGUCUCAGAUCCUAAAAGUGCUUCUUUAAAAACUAUUGAUCUCAGAGAUGUGUCCAAUGGUAGAAGUGGUACAAAUAAUAUUAUAAGCACACCUAUUGGAAAUAUCAGACAAGGUUUUGCCAAUGGAGACACUAUAGUUACUCUUUUACCAGUUAAUACCAGAUGGCCAUGGAUUACUCCAGCUAAAUUUAGACCAGAAUUAGUACCAGAGGAGUUGAUGGCUCAAGGCUUAACGCUUACAGUAGAAGACUAUGUACACAUAAUGGAAUUGCUUGUGAACGAUGUACGUUUUAAUAUGUACAAUGUAUGCUAUAAAAGAAUUCUUGUCCUUUGGAUAUUUACUGCGUUUAUUGUACUGCUUGGCUUGUUAUUUUCUGGAGUGACUGGUCUUACUUUGUUUGGCCUCGGUGUCAUGUGGUUAGUCCUCAAUGCUGCAGCAAUAUUCUUUUGCAUGUUUGUCAAGAUAAAGUUAAACCAUAAUCUUGAGAAAUGUAUGGCUCAAGUGAACAAGCACUUACUUCGACAUAAAAUAUUGCUUGGAUUGGAUGAUAGAGGGAAGAUUUCGUGUCAUAAAGUCAAUCUCUGCUUCAUAUACUUUGAUACUACAGAUUGCAUCAAAAAGUUACAAGAAGUAAUAGAACGAGAAGAACGUGAAGGUAGAAUAAUUGGCGAAGAUGGAAAUUCUGAAAUGCGUCGAAAAAGGGAAUUGCAACAGCGAAUGGAUAUCGAUGAUAGCGAUAUUGUGAUACAAGGCAACACAACCACCAGAAUCUCCCGAAAACAGGAACGGGCGGAGUUGCUGUUGCUGAGGUAUGCAUCUCGAUGGGCACAUCACUUUGUGCGCCGCAGACUUGAUCUGGUUAUAGACUCGCAAGAACGUAAUAGAGACAUCGCGGGUCUGUCGGUUCCACCACGACACUGUGUCUCCGCCCGUUGUCCUUGUCAAUUCAUUGAGGACCAUCUCAAAUACAAGCCUAGAGGAUAUCCAUCUGGCUUUACAUGGUGUGCUUAUCUUAACGACCCACUAGUUAGGUAUGAUGUUACAUUAGGUAUACUCAAUUAACAAUCUUAAUCGUUUAAACAAUGCACAACAGUAUUUUUUAAAGGCAUUUUCUAAGAAACAGACCUAUUAACAACUAUUAUUAUUAAAAAUCAUUUCUAAUAUUUUUUUAAUUUCAAGCACAACAAAAUUUAUAUCAUACAAGAAGUACUUUUGGAGUUCCAAUAUUCUAAUAGAAUGUGAUUAAUGAACUACUAUAUUUGAGUAA